AUGAUCGAUGAAUACAUAGAAAAAAUUCCUGGUUUAGAGCAAAAAGCUGAGAAACUUAAAGGAAAAUUAAGUCUGUAUAAAGAAAGAAAUGAUGAAAAAGUAAAAAAAUUUGAUGAUAUGAGCAAAAAAUUCGAAAUUAUAAUGAAUAGUUGAAAAGCAAAUGUAGCGAAAUAUCAGCAGAAAAUAAAAGAAAUGGAAGAGGAAGAAUCCAAAAUCAGAGAAAAGGUGAUAGGAAUAAAGACAAAGGUUUUUAAAAAGGAUCAACAAAUGAGAUUGCUUCAUAUGACACGUGAUGAAUUGAUAUCGAUGAAAAAUUCACCAGAUAAGCCAGAUGAUGGGCUAUUUCAUCCUGAUGUUAAUUUUUUGUACAAGCCAUCAGUAAAUGCUCUUUAUAUAUAA